AUGACGUCUCCUGCUGCGUUGCCGCCGUUACCAUUCAAUCCGUCGAGAGUCCGAUCAUACUUACUUCGACUGCCGCUCUUCACGCGCCUCGUCGUCCUUGCAAUAAUCGUGUUUUGGCUACUCGAGCUGCAGACAGUUUGGAGCGUUGUCCAAUGGGGUGCCCUGAUACCGGAUGAGUUGGGUCUGAAGACAAUGUAUCGGACCAAUACCUACCCCUUCAUCCACACGGGCUUCUUCCACGCUUUUCUGAAUCUGCUUGCGUUGACGCCGUUACUUGAGCGUUUCGAGGCCGAGCAUGGGACUCUAACGGCCAUUGCGCUGUUCAUGGGCCCUCUUUCUACGUUCCCAGCGGGCUUAUAUGUUUUGAUCGAGAAAUUUAUUCUACAUGGCAACAAUUCUGUUGUUGGCUCGAGCGUGUGGGUAUUCCUCCUUCUGGGUUCGGAGGCUAUUAGGACAUACAAGUCCCAUCCUUACUUUAGUCUCGGAACCACUAAGAUCCCUACGUGGACUUCGCCACUCUUGGUAUGCGUACUUGUCUGGAUUCUGGUUCCCAACACCAGCUUUCUUGGACACCUGUGCUCUAUACUAAUUGGCUACCUCCUCGGCCUCGGUUACCUGAAAGUUCUUGUUCCUCCGGAGAAGGUUCUUAGGUUCAUUGAAGGGAAAUUGAACCUUCUCGGACGACUGCCGCACUAUGUGUCGGUAGAUCAGAAGACCUAUGGCCGGUUUGGAGUCCUCCCAACCAGCGGCGCGCCUGCAGCCGAACGAGGAACGCCGCUGAGCUUCAUCUCAGGCUCGUCGCAGCGUCUGGGGUCGGCGUGA